AUGAGCGAGCGUGAGAACUGCGAGGAGGAGGAGGACAGAAACACACCCAUCUCAACUUCACCCAUGGUCUGGGACUGGAACACCACCUCCGGCCCCCCCUGCGCCUGGGAAACCGGCAAAUCCGCCGAAAAAUACCACCUCACGAUCGCCUGGCUCGACACGCUCUACCGCAGCGGCACCUCUCUCGGCGCCACCGAGCUCGAAGCCCCCCAACACAUCGCGGAGCUCGAGGCCUCCGCCGCCGCUUCCCCAUCUUCCGCCUCCGGCCCCGCACACGAAGCGCAGACGUUCGAGAUCAUUGGCUCUGGCACUGCUGCGCCCGCCGCGCCCGUGAGCGGGUGGGACGAGCCGCCGCCGGCCGCGAGGGCGCUGCCGGAGGAGGUGGAUGCGCUGAUGUGGGCGGGGGUCAAGACCGGCAGCAUGGGCAGCACGGGCACGGGCACGGGCAGGGGCAGGGGGCAGUGGCAGUGGCAGGGGAGGGGCGGUGGUGGUGGUGGGUAUAAGGGGCGCAAGAACGGCGGUGGGAAUGCGGCGUGGUAUCGUGGGGGUGGUGGGGGUGGGGGUGGUGGGUAUCGUGGGAGGGGGUGGAGGGGCGGCGGUGGUGGAGGCGGUGGUGGUGGGAGAGGCGGCGGUGGAGGAGGAGGCGGCAGCGGGAGGUAUGGUGGACAGGGACAGAACCAUGGACAGUGGCAGGCACAGGCACAGGGGCAGGGGAAUAGCUAUCAGCACCAUCACCAGCACGAUAACGCCCCCCCUGCAGCUCCGCCGUCGCCGCAGCAGCAGCAGCGCAAGCCGAGGCCUGCCCAUGCGGAGCAGGACCCGGAGCCGACGUGGGGCGACCCGAAUACAAAGAGGGGGUCGCCGAAGAAUAUGCACUAUCGGUGGUAG